UCAGUUACAACGUCAGAAAAGCAAUCAAGGGCUUAUUUCUGGGCAUCAGGUGCCAGCAAAUAUACCAAGUCGUAGGGGAAAUGGAAAAGUUAUAGAAAACAGAAUACGCAUAUCAAUAAAAAGGUCUCCCAAUCUAAACAGAUCAUUUCCACUACUCCAUGAUUACAAUCAGACUCUUCAAAUUCUCGUCAAAAUGGAGAGGAAAAUUUUCCUUCAACACCGAGAGAAGACAGCCAGAUCUCAGUCCCACCAGGUGAAGGGAAACGCGCACGCUUCCACCUCUUGCAGCUCAUCCGGUGAUCGGGAUUCAAAUUGCAGCAGUCAAGCGGCGGAAUUUGCCUGCAGCGCUUGUGUCUGCUGUGUUUCGUGUCCGAUUUCCAUUGUUUGGUGUUGCGUCAAGCUGCCUUGCAAGAUUGGGUGGCGUGCGGUGAAGAACGCCGUGGAUUGGGUUCGUUCUUGCGGGUCGGGUAAGCAAGUUUUUGCAGAAUAUUCUUCGUUUUCCGAUAUUGAUUCUGAUCGUCUGCCCAGAAGAACGAAUUCUUCUAGUGACUUGAUUGGUUCGAAGGGCAGGAUUGCGCAUAGGGGUAAUGGGUGAAGAUGUAAUACUAAUAGGCUUUAGAAUUGGGGGAAAAAAAAAAUCUCAGUUCCAUGGUUGGUUUUUUCAUUUAUUUCUUUUUUAAGCAAAUAUUACCACACAAGAAAAAAUUGUUUUGCAAUUUGAAUUUAAACUAUAUACUCUCUAAUUUUAUAGUUUAAAUUGCAUAACAAGAGAUUCAAUCUGCACUGAUGCAAUGAGAUUUUUUAUAAAUAUUUGCUCAGAGAUGCAACAACUCAACUCUGUGGUGGGUGAGAAUGAGGUCUCUUUAUGUACUCCAAGGGCAUUUUAUGUGAUUCUUCUUGUUUCUACAAGAAUUGGCCGGUGAAAUCAAUCAUUCUUUUGACA